UGUGAAACGGUGCUGUUUUAUCCUGGUUGAGACACAGAACCAGAGAGAGAAACUUGGAGAUGUGAGCGGAGGAGAAAAAGGAUAACAGAAAGUAACAACCAUGACCAUUACUCUGAUUCGUCAGCUCCUCCCUCUGCUUUCUUCACCUUCCAAACAACCAACACCCUCUGCAACAUUUUCUCAACUGCAAAUCUCAAAGAAUCCUAACCCAAAACCCAUUCUCUUCUCUAACUUGCUCUCUCUAGCCCUCACUUUAACCUUGAACUCCCCACUACCUUCCUUGGCCUUUCCUUCUGUUAACUCUCUGUCUUCCCCCAAACUUCCACCCACCACCCCUUUUACUGAGGCCAAGUUCUUGCAGCUUGGACUGGAAGAUGGGAAAAUUAGGCCUUGCCCGUCCACAAAUCCAGGUUGUGUGUCAACAAAUGCAAAAUCAUCAUCUUUUGCUUUCCCAUGGAUUAUUCCCGAGAAUUCUACAGAGAAUGCGGUUCAGGAACUGCAAGAAGCAAUCCUAAAAACUCAGAAGAAUGCCAAGAUUGAGGUUGUUGAAGAUACCCCAAGUGGCAAAUAUUUACUAGCCGAGGUUGAUGGAGCGUUUGGCCGGGACGUGCUGGAGUUUUUAGUGAAGGGAGAUGUUGUUACUUACAGGUCUAUGGCCGAGAAAGUGACCUAUAUUUACCCUUUCACAACAGCAAUUGGUGACUCAAAGGGUCAGGAAGAGAGGUUGAAGAAGAUCAUAGACCAAUUAGGCUGGUAUGUUCCAAGUUUUGAUUCCAUGGAAUAGGCUUAUGUCGUUUUCCCUUAUCAAUAUAUAUCCACUACUUCAAUUUCUUUUUCUUCUUCCUGGGAGAACAAUUUUCAUAAAAAUUGGAAAAGCUAUUAGGGGUAUAUAUGGAAAUGAAUGGAGAAUGGUGACUGUGGAAGUUCAGUUGUAAUUUUAUGGCAUUUUAGUGCAUAGAAUUUGCAGUUUCACCUGCAAAUUCAUUGACGA